AUGUCGGUGUGCCCUGUCACUCCUCGUGCAGUGCGCCCUUGGGUUCUUUCUUUAACUUGGCCUCACUUCCUCCAUCUUCAUCUUGGCGCUGGGAUGAGGGACCUUUGUGAUUCGACUCGACAUUGGGGGAAAAGAGAAAACCGAAAUUGGAGGAGGCCAUUAUCAACGCUCAUGACGCUCCCUUCAAUCAAGGGCCUCGAAAGCAUCUCACGACGGGCGGGGUUUGAAAACGGAAAACGAUUCUAA